AUGAGAGAGCCAAAGGCAGACCUCCCAAAGGAAGUUGUAAAAGUCGUAAUCGGUAAUAUCGAUGGAGAUCACGAUAGUCUGCCAUCCGAAAGCUGUACAGAACUUACUAGACUGCUGCAUCGAGCUUCCAAGAAGGUAGAAAUGAUUUCGAUAUGCAAUGUUGAAGAUUCGUCACCAGAAUAUUUGACCUUGUUACUUCCCGUUUGCAACAAUACAAAGCUGGCAAACUUCGAGCAUUGCCUCUAUGGCGAUCAAAAUUUUGGCUGCUUGUCGGCAAGUCUUCUGCAGCAGGAUGGGUUGAAAGGGCUGGACAUCUGCUUCAACGAGGAUCUCAGAAACGAGCGGACGGCUUCGCUCCGCAAUGCGAGACUACUCCUCAAAGUAGUUGCAGCAUCUCCUCUCUUGAAAGCUUUAAGCUAUGGAUAUAUUUUGGCGAUAACAACGAUGAAAUUGGACGAAUUCUUCUGCAGUCACUCCGAGGAAGCAGUUCACAUUUAA